AUGGACUGUCCGCGUACUAAUGCCUCUGCCGCCAAGGAGAGCUGGGUGAACGUGGAGAGACCCUACAGUGCUGAGGGAUAUGAAGCCCUACAGCUGUGGUGCCCCGCAGACGACUACGUGUUCUGUAUUCUUACUGACGAAACUGGUAACACUGCUGGUGUUCAAGUCUCGGUCCGCGUUGACACAUUUACUCCGGUGUAUGACAUGGAAGAUCUUGGUUUCCAAAACUGGUCGGCCGACGUUGAUGGAGAGACCAUUGAAUACUACACCAAGGCUCAAUACUUCGUGUCUGCAGAUGCGGCCACUCGUGUUGCUUACACAAACCCUGAAAAGUCACUCAUCAGAAAUGACUACGUAACAGUAGAAGGCUUCAAAGACCAGCUAGUGAAUAUAGCCAAGUAUGCCAGUGACCUCGACAGCGUCUUCACUAAGCAAGCCUGCAUUACCUGGAUGGGUCUCCACUACUACUACAACAUGACCACAGACCUGGAAUGCACUUCCACCACCAUGUUCACCUGGUUCCCCUUAUACGAUGGCGGCGAACUUGUUGGUAUGGGAUUCAUGGUGCCUGGCAAAGUUAAUUUGCCUAAAGGAGGCUUCGACCAUUAUGAACACCCUAAUAAGGCAGCGGUUAAGUUGAUCGUGAAAUCGGGCCCUAAGUGCAUGUAUGAUGAUGUCGACAAAAACGGCGUCACUACUAUGCACAUAUACUUUACAGAGCAUCCCCGUAGAAUCAUCUGUUGGUUUUAA